AUGAUGCGGACCGCCAUCGUUGGGCCGUUGGCUCGCCAAUCUCGGCCUAUCUGUCGACUGUGUUUAUCCGUAUCAUCACGCGGCCGUCAACAGAUUCGACUGCAACAUACCGCCAAGCCAAACAUAUCAUCGAUCGUUCCUCCUCGAUCUGCCAGGCUUCGCGAGAAUGCCACAUUGAGUCGGGUGGUGGAGGGAAACCGCUCGGCGAGCACAGCCUCGGCUUCGGCUUUGCACAAGGACGGUCAUGAGAAGCCCGCAAUAAUUGGCGCGCCGUCCAAGGAGCUCCCUGACCCGAGCAAGCUGGCGGCCGUGGUUGUCCAGAGCAAGAGGCGGUUUCUCUCUACGGACGGCAUUCCCACUCCACAACUCGUCAUUGCAGCCUUGAAAACAUGCCAAGGCGCCGCGAACGCGAUUCAACCCUACCUGUCCAAGUCGGAGAUCCGUUCGACCUCCGCCCUAGCUGCAUCAACCGCCUCCAACCUGCUCUCCCUGGAUUCGAACUCGACCGCGGCCAAAUCUAGUAGCACGUCGAUCCCAUCAACUUCUGUCAAGGAUACAGUCGACACAAUCUCCGAGUCAGCACACGAAAUCAUCGCCCACCCCACCGUACCCAUUGAUACCCAGGUCUUGGACUUAUACGUAAACAUCCAAGCUAGGCUUGGCAGGCCCGAGACACUUCCCCAUGUUUUCGACCUGUAUGCGUCAAAGCCCCAACCAAAGGCGGUAGCGGGUUCAAUCACCUAUGUCCAGCAGAACCCAAACCGAGCAGAAAAGGCCAUUGAGGCAGCCGUGGCCGAAACAGCUCUGAGGGCCGCCAUCGAUGCCAAGAACCUGGACGCUGCCAUUGGCAUCGUGGAGGCCUGCUACGCAACACAAGCAUUCUAUCGCCAAAAGCUGCUGCGGAAAGCGCUUCUGCCCGCCUUGGCCGUGAGCGCGGCCCCAUUUGGGGUCUACGCUCUUGCCUCCAAUCUCUCGGCAUUCCAGAACACAAUGGAGCCCGUGACCGCCACCAAGUGCGCCUUCGCAGCCAUUCUCGCCUACUUGGGGUUCACGGCAACAAUUGGCAUGGUUGCGAAAACCACUGUCAACGAUCACAUGCGACGCGUCACUUGGGCGCCCGGCAUCCCGUUGCAUCAACGCUGGCUCCGGGAGGAAGAGCGCGCGGGCAUGGACGACAUCGCUUGCGCGUGGGGUUACAAAGAGAAAUGGCGACAUGGCGAGGAGGGCGGCAUCGAAUGGGAUUCUCUCAAAGAGUACCUUGGUCUGAAGGGAAUGAUGCUCGAUAGAGUUGAGCUGAUGGAGGGGAUGAGCUGA